AGAAAAGGAAAUUUGAUGUUUACACUGCUUUAAUUGCAAACUUUGCUAAAGGUGAACUGAUACUGUUACACAUGGAUAUGGCCGGGCUUAACCUAAGUGAGUUUUCUAACUCCUCCAGCUCUGAUGAAAUGCAGAACACUGCACUCUAUAUGUUUCUUUAUGUGUGCGCAGCAGGAGUCGUGCUACUGACAGUGUGUGGAAACCUGCUGGUGAUCAUCUCCAUCUCCCACUUCAAACAGCUCCACACACCGACCAACUUCUUCAUCCUCUCUCUGGCCAUGGCUGACCUGCUGGUUGCAACCACUGUGAUGCCGUUUGCCUUCGGCAUACUCAUAGAAACACACUGGAUGUUUAGUGAAAUGCUGUGCCUGAUAUUCCACAUGACUGGGUAUUUCCUCACAUGUGUCUCCAUUUAUAGUGUUGCUUUCAUUGCUGUGGACAGAUUUUUAGUUCUGCAAGACCCUUUUUUCUACUCCAGCAAAAUCACAGUCAACUUAGCUUGGUGUUUAAUCAUAGUUAUUUGGUCAUUGUCAUUAUUAUACAAUGAUUUAAGAAAAAUUAAAUUAUCCAUGGUGUCUGAAAGAAAAGCUGCAAAAAUACUUGGGCUUGUUGUAGUUGUUUUUCUGCUGUGUUUGGUACCCAGCUGUAUAUGUGCGCUUAUUGAUCCUUCAACUUUAAGCCCACUUCAGUAUAUACUGUUAAUUAAAAUUGCGUACUGGAUUGUCCUUUUAAAUUCACUCAUCAAUCCCAUGAUAUAUGCAUUUUUUUAUCCAUGGUUUCAAAAGUGUGUAAAGAACAUUAUAACAUGUAGAAUAUGCACUAUGGAUUCUUCCCUAAAAAGUGUGUUUACAGAGAAUGUGUAA